AAUCUCGCUCUGAACCCAGAAGACCACUAUAGUCUGAUACAGAAACCCAAAGCCCUAAAGCUGAAAGAAAGAAGAAGAAGAAGAAGAAGCGGAAGCUCAGAAAUCGAAUAUGAGUCGUGGUAGUGGUGGAGGGUACGACCGUCAUAUCACGAUCUUCUCACCCGAAGGUCGUCUUUUCCAAGUCGAAUAUGCGUUUAAGGCUGUGAAGUCUGCUGGGAUUACCUCCAUUGGUGUCCGAGGGAAAGAUUCAGUAUGUGUUGUGACUCAGAAGAAAGUCCCGGACAAGCUUUUGGAUCAGACGAGUGUAACCCAUCUUUUUCCCAUUACUAAGUUCCUAGGGUUGCUGGCUACUGGCAUGACAGCUGAUGCAAGGACUCUGGUAUCACAAGCAAGGAAUGAAGCAGCCGACUUCCGAUUCAAAAAUGGAUAUGAGAUGCCUGUAGAUGUAUUGGCCAACUGGAUUGCAAACAAAUCACAAGUCUAUACUCAACAUGCUUAUAUGAGACCACUGGGAGUAGUUGCUAUGUUGUUGGGUGUUGAUGAAGAGACCGGACCUCAACUCUAUAAGUGUGACCCAGCUGGUCAUUACUUUGGUCAUAAGGCCACAAGUGCUGGAUUGAAAGAACAGGAGGCAAUUAAUUUCUUAGAGAAGAAAAUGAAGAAUGACCCUUCCUUUACUUACGAGGAGACUGUGCAGACUGCCAUUUCUGCGCUGCAAUCAGUUCUGCAAGAGGAUUUUAAGGCCACAGAAAUUGAGGUUGGAGUGGUGAGAAAGGAGAAUCCCGUUUUUAGAGUGUUGCCCACUGAAGAGAUUGAUGAGCACUUGACUGCCAUAAGUGAGAGAGAUUGAUUCCUGGACAAGGGUUAUUCAAAAUGAUACGAUGCCGGAUGCUUUUCUCUCCCCCUGGGAUAUCAUAUGCUUAUUUUAAUCGUUAAACAAUUGCUUUAGCAAUUUGCUUGGGAUGCUUAAUUCACCUUCUGUAACUUUUAUUAGCUGAAAAUGCUACCGUUGAACUGCUGUGCUUCCCAAAAGUCUUGUAUUCUCAGGAUUUCCAGCCAUUUCCAUAUUCGAUUUGAAUUUUCUUUUUCAAAUCACAA